AUGGAGGCCGAUGCAAAGCACGAUUUCCAAGCAAGUGCCGCAGAUGAGCUCCCUUUUUGCAAGAAUUCGGUUUUGAAGGCAAGUCCAGAAAUUUUGAGCGUGGAGGAUGACCCAAACUGGUACCUGGCAGAACAGGAUGGGCGGAAGGGUCUGGUGCCAUGCAACUACAUCUCCUUCCGUCCCAACCCCUGGUAUAUGCAGGCGUGUCGUCGAAACACUGCGGAGGAGUGCCUCCUUGAAACUGACCCGUACACCGGUCUGCCCGUCCAACCCGACGGUGCUUUCGUGGUCCGACGUUCCGAGUCCAAUGGGCCUGGCUUCAGCCUCUCCGUUAAUCACCUCGUCCUCAUGACCUGUCCCAUGACCAGUAGCGGAGCCAGACUCAACUUUGCUUGUGAACUCGGUGAUGUUCAAUAUUACUUGAUAAAGUGUCGUGAAUUUCCUCUAAUUCCAAAAAACAACUUGUUUCAUGAGGGCUACUUAAAAGGCAUUAGUCACAAACGGAAACGUGCAUCCAAAGGAAACUGGGUUACUCAUGCUUACAGUGAAUGCGCUUUUACCGAGCCCUGUUUUUUUGCCUCUAGAGACGGCCAGAAAGUGCAGCACUUCAAGGUGCUACAAGAUGAGAUGGGCAAGUACUUUGUUUGGCUACGCAAAUUUGACUCCAUCAACCAGCUGAUCGACUACCAUCGACGCACUAGCAUCUCCCGCGACGGUUUCCUCCUCCUUGUCGAUAGGCAGCCCUCCAGGAUGAUUAGCAUGGGACGCGGAGACCAACAGUCUCAGAUGGUGCAGCGGGUGAUUGCGCGUUUUGAUUUUAAUGCCUCAGAGCCGGAGGAGUUGUCAUUCCAUCGGGGUGACGUGAUUGAAGUGUUGGGCCAGGAGGACGAAAAUUGGUGGCGCGGUCGAAUCUCCAACACCGGCUCUACCGGCCUCUUCCCUGCCAACUACGUGGACACCCUACCACCCAUUAUGCCCAAUGCUGCUCACCUUGCUGUUGCCACUGCCACCGCCACCGCCGCUGGUGCUGCUGCCGCUAAAAUGGUGUCUCAUCCCUUUUCUGGUCUCCUUCGGGGUUAA